GGCGGUGAGGACCCCUGUCUCACAUGAGUAAGCGCGCCCCCGCAAUAAAUAGGAGGGAGCGAGCGAGAGACACACACACAUAGAGAGAGAAAGAACUCCGCCUCUCCCACAUCACCAUCCAGAGGCUCGAGCUUGAGAAAAUACAGCAUCCAAAAGGAGGCAAACCAAACGAGGAUCUUACGCGCGAAGAUGAGCUCUAUGUGAACCCUGGAGGCGGAGGCGGGCAGGUGGGGCUUUGAGAACGACGACCACAAGACUAUAAAAAAAUCCUUCGAGGGCUAACGACUAAAAACACAACCGAGGGUGCCUGCAACGAUGACCGGCUUGCACUACACGCCCGGGCUGGGGCCGCUGCCGCCAUAUCCGCGUAGCGUCUCUUGAGGUGUGGCUGAGAAAACGUCCUGAGGAUUCUGUCAUCCGAAACGACACGACGAGGAAGAGGAGGAGGUGGCGGUGGUGGUGGAGUGCUGGUGGAAAAGAUGUCCGCCUCGGUGGGGCCACAGAGCGGCCCUCGCCCACCCACCGUGCCGCCAUCCAUGCCGGACCUUCCGGAUUUGAGUCAUCUCACCGAGGAGGAGCGGAAAAUCAUCAUGGCAGUGAUGGCUCGGCAAAAGGAAGAAGAGGUUAAAGAACAAGCCAUGUUAAAAACACUGCACCAGCAGUUUGAGAGCUAUAAACAGGAGGUUCGGCGCAUCGGGGCGGAGACACGACGUCAGCAGACACAGCAGAAGGAUGACGCACCCACCUGUGGCAUCUGCCGGAAGACAAAGUUUGCGGAUGGCUGUGGUCACCUGUGCUCCUACUGCCAAACCAAAUUCUGUGCCCGUUGUGGGGGCCGAGUUUCUCUGCGUUCCAACAAUUGUAUCGUAGUAAAGGAGAGGGUAAUGUGGGUAUGCAACCUAUGCCGUAAGCAGCAAGAGAUUCUCACCAAAUCAGGAGAAUGGUUUUCAGAGUCAGAGGUGCGGCCUGGGAGCCUGGGCUCCACCUUGAAUGACCCAGCAAAAGGGGGAGAUUCCCAACCUGACAGGAAGUUUCUCCGCUCAAAGUCUCAAGCCCCGUCCUCUACAACUAACAGCAAUACCGAGCUGCCAUAUCGGAUACAGGGGCCUGCUGGUGGCACUGCCUCUAAGGUUUCGGACACCAUGCCUGGUACUCGUUGCCAAAGUGUACCGCCUCGUGAAAAAAAAAGGCCAGUUUCAUACCAUGAACAAAAUGGAAAGGCAGGCCUAGGGCGUGGUACAGGCCGGAGAUCUUCUGGGAAGUUGCCAUCUCAGUCGUCUUUGGAUGAAAGGGUUGGCCUCGGGGACCGACAAGAAAGACUGCCAAGAGAUGGUCACAGGCUGGAAAAGAUCCAUUCGCAGGACUAUGAUGAUGGUGAGGACAACUUGGGUCACUUAGUGAGAAAUCGGAGACUACCUGAGGAUGAUGAACAGAAGGAGAGACAGCGACGCGAGGAGGAGUUCCAGAACCGUUAUCGUAGCGACCCCAACCUUGCUCGAUACCCGGUGAAGCCACAAAAGGAAGAACAGGAGAUGCGAAUGCACGCAAAGGUCUCCAAGGUCCGCCAUGAACGGAGACACAGUGAUCUUGCAAUCAACGAGGUCGGACUAGGGCCUGGUGAAGGAGGAGGCUGUGAAGCACAGGGGCCUGGAAACCAUCUGGCCAAGAAAGGAAACCGUAAAGCUCAAUCGGAGAAUUAUCGAGCAUAUUCUGUGGAAAGGACCGUGGGGGAACCAGGGGGACGUGUGCCUCCAGAUAAGAAGGGCUCUUUUGAGCCAGGCUUAACACAGACAGCAAGAAGUAAAGGUGGGGACAACUUGUUGAGGAAGGACUCGCAAAGUUCGGAACAGUCCGAGUCUUUGCGGCCGCCCACUUCACGGUCGUACAAGAGCAAGCGCGGCGUAAACAAGAGGCAGAUGUCCAUCAGUAGCUCAGAGGAAGAGGGCGGCUCCACGCCUGAGUACACCAGCUGUGAGGACGUUGACAUGGAAAGUGUCAGCGAGAAAGGUGACUGGGACUGUCAUCCACUUGAUCCUACAGUUUGGCAUCAUCCGGUAACGUGGCAGCCAUCCAAAGAGGGUGAUCAUCUGAUUGGACGCAUCACAUUAAGCAAGAGAUCCGCUAUGCCACGAGAAGCUGGGUCUCUCCUGGGCUUAAAAGUUGUAGGUGGGAAAAUGACACAGACUGGAAGACUUGGGGCCUUCAUCACGAAAGUUAAAAAAGGCAGUCUGGCAGAUGUCGUUGGACAUCUAAGAGCAGGUGAUGAGGUUUUGCAGUGGAAUGGGAAGUCAUUACCAGGAGCAACCAAAAAAGAGGUGUACAAUAUAAUUCUUGAAUCAAAGGCUGAGCCUCAAGUGGAACUAGUUGUUUCAAGACCCAUAGGCUCUAUUCACCAAAUAAUGCCCAAAAACCUCUUGAGAAAAGUAUAUAAAGUAUAUCAGGACAUUCCUAGAAUCCCAGAGUCAUCUCAUCCUCCUCUAGAAUCUACAGGUUCCAGUUCCUUUGAGUCACAAAAAAUGGACCGGCCCUCUAUAUCAGUGAUGUCCCCCACAAGCCCAGGAACCCUCAGAGACCUUCCUCUGGUGCUGCCUGGACAAUUAUCAGUGAAACUGUGGUAUGACAAAGUAGGACAUCAGCUCAUUGUCAACGUCCUUCAAGCCAUAGAUCUGCCUUCCCGACCUGAUGGACGACCACGAAACCCAUAUGUAAAGAUGUAUUUCCUGCCUGACAGAAGUGACAAGAGUAAGCGUCGCACUAAAACUGUGAAAAAGAGUGCUGAGCCCAAGUGGAAUCAGACCUUCAUAUAUUCACAUGUUCAUCGGCGAGACUUUCGCGAGCGCAUGCUGGAGAUCACCGUCUGGGAUCAACCUAGGGUCCAAGAAGAGGAAAGUGAAUUCAUGGGUGAGAUCCUGAUAGAGUUGGAGACCGCUUUACUGGAUGACAUUCCUCACUGGUACAAACUCCAGACACAUGAUGUGUCUUCGAUACCGUUGCCUCAGCCUUCCCCAUACCUCUCACGCCGACAUGUUCCUGGAGACAGCCCUGGCAAGAAGCUACAGAGGUCUCAUCGCAUCAUUGAUACAGAGUUUGAUGAUGGUUUGAUGAUAGUGACUAAAGGAGGAGAGCGUAGUUCAAGGGAAAGAGAGCGAGGUAGUACAUUGGCUGUGCCUGAACAGCAGCGUGCACUUCAGCAUCGCUCUCGCUCUGUUUCUCCUCACCGAGAGGAUUCGUGCAGGGCGAGGUCCCGGCCUGCAUAUGUGCCCAUGCAAAGGAGCCUGGAUGAGAUACAUCAGAACCGCCAACACUCACAGUCCCCUUCCCAUUACCACGACUCCCAUCUAGAGCACCAACGCUCUGGUGACUCAGAUUACGAGUACUCCGAAGACAGUGAGGCCCUGGAGAUGCACAGGUCAAUCCGAGGCGGGAGUGCAGAGUGCCUACACACAAACAGAGGUGCAUGUAAACAUAGCAACACACUCCCUCCGAAAAUGCCCCUGUUAGUAAAUGGUAUCCAUAAAGACAUGUACAGCUCCACCCUCCCUGUAUGCCUAAAGAGCAAGCUGCCCCAAAGGCAAGAGGGGGGCAACAACAUGCAUCGUAGCAUCUUUGCACACCGUGUGCUCAGGUUCACUGAUGAGGUCACAGUUAGUGACCUGCAGCCAUCGUUGGAUAGAGUGAGGAGUGCCAGCACCACAUGUUUGAGACCAGACAACAACUUUCACUCUUCUGACAGAGACAGGUGCUCCAAUUCAAUGCCUUUCAAGAUCCCCUCAAAUCCCCGGAUCUUAGUAGAGCACGUGGCCUCUGAAGAAGACAGGGAGUGUAGCAAUACGUCAAGUCCAGAUUGUCUUAAAGGCAGCAAAAAAACCCUGGAGGGUGACAGUCGCAUCCAGCCCACCUCUAUCCUCAGGGGGAGUAGGGGCAAAGGGUUUCCACUGAGACCCUUUGGCCAGACAGCUUUGGCUGGGUCCUCUCCAAACUCUCCACAAACAGACAGAGCACACCUUCACGGUAGCCCCUCUUCCCCAAUGGGGACUCCCUCAUCAGGUCGCAGGGGUCGGCAGUUACCACAACUUCCGGCAAAGAGCAGCAGCAUAGAACAAGCCCUCGCAGUUGAAGAACGAGCCCGACAGCUGCAUAUGAAAGUACAUGCCUACAGGCCUUCAGCUUCCCAUGACCCUGAGUCGGACCUCAAGAAUAAACGGGAGAUGUUUGCAGAACAGCGACGUAGCAGCGACAACAUGUCUGCAAGGUCAUCAGACAGCGAUAUGAGCGAUAUGUCGGCUCUCUCCCGUGCCAGCAGUGCCUCUCGCCUCAGUAGCACCAGCUACAUGUCUGUCCAGUCCGAACGCCCCGGGGGACGUCUUAGGUCUAAGUCAUUAGAGGAGGAUAAAAAAGACAGGAGGAUCUCAUGGGGGGUGACUAGGGAAGAGGAGAGGAAGAGGGCUGCAGGAAAAAGGCGUUUCUCAGAGGAGUUGAAGCGCAGGAGACACACUGUAGCCGGAGAAACAGAGGAGUCCAGUCGGCAAAUGAGAGCAUCGGCAGGACGCAGCAUGCUCAAAAGCUCCAGCGUUAGUGGGGAGAUCUACACCCAGGAGCGCACAGAUGGCAGCCAAUCAGACACAGCACUCGGCACAGUGGGCGGAGGCAGCAAGAAGAGACGCUCAAGCCUCAGUGCCCGUGUGGUGGCCAUCGUCGGGAACCGCCGCAGCCGUAGUACUUCCCAGAUAAGUGGCCCUGAGGCAAAGACUAAAAAGGAUAAAGGAGCCCCUAUCCAGAGAAGCACAGAAACCGGCAUGGCAGUGGAGCUGACCAGAAACAUGAGCCGGCAACCCAGCAGGGAGUCCAACAAUGGCAACAUGAACAGCUACAACUCUGAGGGGAACAUCUUCUCUGGGGUCAAUCUCGGAGCAAGCAGCCAGUUCAGUGACUUUUUAGAUGGCCUCGGUCCGGCUCAGUUAGUGGGCAGGCAAACAUUGGCUACACCUGCAAUAGGUGAUAUUCAGAUAGGUAUGAUGGAGAAAAAGGGUCAGCUGGAGGUAGAGGUUAUCAGAGCACGCGGUCUUGUGCAAAAGCCAGGAUCCAAAUCCCUCCCAGCACCUUAUGUCAAGGUCUAUUUGUUAAAUAAUGGCGCAUAUGUAGCCAAAAAGAAAACCAAGAUUGCACGGAAAACUCUUGACCCACUGUACCAGCAAGCGCUGUUGUUCGAGGAAAGUCCACAGGGUAAAGUCUUACAGGUGAUCGUGUGGGGAGACUAUGGUCGCAUGGACCAUAAAAGCUUCAUGGGGGUCGCACAAAUCCUACUGGAAGAACUGGACUUAUCAAGCACAGUCAUUGGUUGGUACAAGUUGUUCCCACCUUCUUCUCUGGUGGAUCCGACUCUGGCUUCCCUCACACGGCGAGCUUCUCAGUCGUCGCUCGACAGUUCCUCCGGACCGCCCGGGGUCCGAUCCUAGUGGACCAACAGCCAACAGCUCUGCAAGUAACUAACUCACGACGUGCACUGUAGGAAGGACAAGAAAACUAAAGCCGAAAUGUAGAGCAACAACAAUCAGAAAACACAUCGCAACAAGAAAGCUUUGUUGAGAUCUGACAAUCACUCCUAUUGUGGUUCAUUUAAUCUGUUGUGGGCAGCGCCAGUUUUCAGUGUUCCAUAACAGUUUCGAGAAAUACAGUAUCUCCAUUUUCUUUGUGUAUGCUGAAGAUUGGGGGCUGUCUACAGACAGCAAGCAGUAGCUUUCAAGUUGAGAGAUGAUGAAGUUGAUGAACGACAAAUGCCAUGUGACAAAUGAAGCAGGGUGGCUUUUAGCUGAAUUAAGAAAAGCAAUGAAUUGUAUGUAAGCAUUGGAAUGUAUGAACUCGAGACAGAGGUAACCUCCCUUCAUACCUGCAGGUAGUGUACUGGCAUACUGCCUGCAGGAGCCUCCUCUAGAACCCCAUCAGACUGCCAGCACCUCUGCCCAAUAGCAGGGUGCUUCCACAUGGGUAUUUAGUCUGGAAGCACACGGCCUUCUUCUGGUGCCUACACCCUGAAGCCGCAUCGCUGGUCUCUCUCUCUGUCGAAAGAUCCUCUUUUCAAAAUGUUUACCAUGGCUGCUCUGAAGCCAUACUGUCUUACUGUGUUUGCUUUGUCGUCUCUUUAUUUUUCCUCUGUUACUAUUGCACAAAAUGAUUUGAUAGUGUGUUAAAUGCUCAUGAUAUGUUGUCAAGUCUGGUGUGUGCAUGGAGAGAAAAAAAAAACAUGCGAUAAAAAAAAGGAUACGAAACUAUUUAUUGUCUGCGAGUCUUGUGCAGGUAUGGGGGGACUGGUGUAUAGGAUACAUCUUAGAUUUUUAAACAUGAGAUUAAAUUAAGUUGUCCUUGUAUUAAUGUGUAUUAGGCCUCCCAGGAGGAUGACCAACAAAUAAACAUUUAUGUCACUAUUAAAUCUCAUCGAAAUACAUUGUCACUAUAAAAAAACUAAAAAAGGAAAUCUUUAUUUACCAAAGGAAAAGUUAGAUAUUUGUCAAAUGACCUUCGCCCGAGCACGUUUUAAUGUUUUUACUGAACUUUUAAUUUCUGUUCUUUUGGGAAUUAAGCACAAGAGCUUGAUUUUUUUUUACAACUAAAAGUUUAACUUUUUUAAAAACACAACAGACACUUUAGUUUUGAAAAAAAAAAAAAAAAAUGACACUAUCUCUGGUUCUGGUAAUUUUUGUGUAGUUACUAAAAAGCAGAAAAAAAAAUAAUCGCUCACUCUUUUUAUUGUGCAACGCUGUUCAUGUAAAAGUAACCAAUCAGACUGAUACUGUAUGUCAGGACAACAGCAUCAAUGUUCACUCUCCAUUUGGCCUACAGACCCCUCUCAACUUGUAAAAGAGGGGCCGGUACGACCUGCUCUGAGCUGCAUGCAUUUUUUUUAUUUUUUUUAUGUAGAACGAUCAAAUACAUGAAAAAAGAUACUAAACAUGAUACGUGUGUUUUUUUCCCCCACUUAUCGGUAAUGUAGGGCCGCUUGUAUGUUGCAUGCAGUUGUACAGUUUGCUCGUAAUUGAAUAUUAAAGAGAUAAAACUAAGAAACUAAAGCCAUUCGCAUUACACAACUGCAGUCUAUGCCAUGUCCCUCGGUCAGGUGCUGAACGUCUCUCAAAAUCAUACCCUUGAACAGAUGUACUGUAGUCCUGAGCAGACCUCACAACCCCUCCUGAUGUUAUUCCACAUCAUUUUAUACCUCCAAGGAGCCGGUGUAUCAAAAAAAACAUGUACAGUGCAAAUGCAAAUCAGAUCCACUUAGAUGGAAAUAGAACUUCUGUCUCAACAUAAUCCUGUCUGAUAGACUAUCAGGCAUUAUGAAGUAUAAAAGCAAAUGCAGAGCGAGUCAUAUGCUGUAUGUUCAACAGCCACUUAAGCUGGGGCCAAGUCAUUUAUUGAAAAUGUAUUCAUCCACUGUUGGGGACCAUGCAGUGGGAUAACUCAAGGAAAUAGACUUGGCUUCACAAAGUGGUUUCAAACAAGUCUGUAAAAGAUGUCUCAAUGAUCAUUUCAACUUUCAAACCAAUGUAUAAAUCUUGGUCAAGUCCUGUCCCACUUUGGAAGUGUUUCUUUUUUGUUUUUCUUCGUCAGCAUUAACGGGAAAACAUUGAUUGUUUACAACGUAUAUGUUCCACGGAAUGAAAAUUUGAAAAAAGUCAGGCAUUGAUUGAAACAUUUCUUGUUUGUAUAACAGAUGUGGCUCAAAUGAUGUGUAUGUUUUAUAUUUCAAAAAGUUAAUUUUUAUUACUUACAAAUAAAAAGAAUGUGUGGAAGAAAACGCUCAUCCUUCAUUUCAACUUUCAUCCGUUCUUUGACCAGUUGUGAGAACGCCGUGGAUAGAUCAUGUUGUUAGAUAAC